AUGGUUAAAGUCUGUGUAUGUGGUGCCGCUGGCGGUAUUGGUCAACCUCUCUCGUUGCUGUUGAAGCAAUCCGAGAGAAUCACUCAUCUCUCCCUCUACGAUAUCGUCAACACUCCCGGUGUUGCUGCUGACCUUAGCCAUAUCAACACCAAGUCCACAGUUACCGGCCAUGUUGGUCCUGAGCAACUCAAGGAUGCUAUUCAGGAUGCUGCAGUUGUUGUGAUUCCUGCUGGUGUACCUCGCAAGCCUGGUAUGACUCGUGACGAUUUGUUCAAGAUCAACGCUGGUAUUGUGCGUGACCUUGCUACUGCUGCUGCCAAGUACGCACCCAAGGCUUUCAUGUGUAUCAUUUCCAACCCUGUCAAUUCCACUGUUCCUAUUGUUGCCGAAGUCUUCAAAAAGCACAAUGUCUAUGAUCCUCGCAGAAUCUUUGGUGUCACAACUCUUGAUAUUGUCCGUGCCUCGACAUUUGUCUCUGAGCUCAUUGGUGAUGAACCUAGCAAGUUGCAGGUGCCUGUUGUUGGUGGUCAUAGCGGUGUUACCAUUUUGCCUUUGCUCUCUCAAGUCACCAACAAGUUGUCUCAAGAUCAAAUUGAAAAGGUCACCCAUCGUAUCCAAUUUGGUGGUGAUGAAGUUGUCAAGGCUAAGAAUGGUGCUGGCAGUGCUACUCUUUCCAUGGCUUUUGCUGGUGCUCGCUUCGCUCUUGCCGUGAUUGACGCUGCUUUUGCUGGCAAGGAUAUUGUUGAAUGCACAUACAUUAACUUGGAAGCCGAUCAAAACGGUGCUAAGGCUGUCAAGGAUUUGGUUGGUGAUGUGCCAUACUUUUCCGUCCCUGUCAAGCUCGGCAAGAAUGGUGUUGAACGUGUUUUGCCUAUUGGUUCCAUCUCCCCCUACGAAAAGCAAUUGUUCACCAAGGCUGCUUCCGAGCUCAAGGGCAACAUUGCCAAGGGCACUAACUUCGUUGCCGAUUCCAAGUUGUAG